CUGCCGGUCAAUGCAAGCGCGCUCUUCCGCGGCUUGGCCUCGCGCUCCGAGGCUGUACUUAGAUAUAUAACUCGGUGCGGGCCACACGCCCCUCAUCCGUCUUUCAGCCAGUGUUCAGUUUGCCCCAACACCGAAUCCAGUCAUCAUGAAAUUUGCCAUCGUAGUGUCGUUCUGCCUCCUGGCCGUCGUCAGAGCCCAAUUCUUCGGAGAUUUCGAGUCGCUGGGCGGAUUCGGUGGCGGUCUGGACUCCCCGUUGCAAGCAACGAGAGACCCCAGGCAAAAUCCGGGCCCCGUAGUGUUCCCCCCGGCGCCCCCAGACAACGGCGAAACCAGCGGUGUCAUCGUCGGCGCUUCUGGAUACGGUUUCGUUCCACCAGGCCACAAUGGAGGCGGCCGAAAAAGUUACUAAGUAGAUCGGUUCAAAGGAUUUAGUUCACAGUAUUUCGCCUUCUUCUGAUCUCCGUCUGCCAUCAUGCCAUUGUAAAAUAAUUUCCGAACUUCAACUCUUGUAAAUAAUGCUUAAAUUAGAUCAAUUGUACAACUUGUCCUAUUUAAUGACUUGUAAUUAUUAUUUAAGCUAGACUAAGUAUUUAAUUAGUUUUAGGUAAAACUAUUGCAAUUGUCGACAUGUGCAAUACGUUAUUUAUUAAAGUUGUUUUAUAAAA